GGCCUUCAGCGGCACCUUCACCUGAAGUUGCCCCACACAUCCCUCCAACUGUUUAUUUGUUCUCUUCUGUCUGACAAAUCCAGAGUUAGUUAGAAAACUCUAAUAGUCAGAAAACGUUAGAGAAAGAAAGUGCUUGUGCAUAGGCUAUAUAUAGCCUAAUAUAAUACAAACUACGCUUCAAAAUGCUGAAGUGUUUUGCAGUUGGUGUUUAGUGGUCAGUGGCAAGUAUGCAACUUCAGGGCUGAUACGCGGCUGGCGGUGGCUUACACUCCUCCAAUAUUUCUGUAAUUAUCCAGGGAACCAGCUGAAGACAUCAGCGGCCACCACCACUACACAUCAGAAACCAAAUGAAGUAAAUUCCGGGUCAAGUGUAUGAGUCAAGAGAAAGAGUUGAACUUACAAAAUGAAUAGAAACAGCAGAGGUAGUGCAAACUCCAAAAGAAGUACUAAUUCCCAGAAUAAACAGCAGAAGACAAAUGCGCACCCCAAAAGGAAUGAACACUCCACAAAGAAAGAACACCAUACAAAGAAUGAGCAUUCCACAAAGAAUGAACACUUCAAGAAGAAUGCACAUUCUACAAGGAAUGAACAUUCAACAAGGAAUGAACAUGCCAGGAGGUCAGAACAUCCAAGGAAGAAUGAACACCCGUCGAAGAUUGAACAUCCAUUCAGAACUGAACUUCCCGUGAAAAAGGAACACUCCACAAAGAAGGAACACUCUCAUAAAAGUGAUCACUACAAUAAGCAAGAAAAUGUCAGACUGCCCUACAAUCCUCAUUUCCUAAACCUAGGUACUGGAGGACCACGCUUUCCCUUCCGCCAAAGUCAACAGGUUGGAGGGCAUUGUCCUGCAUUUGCUGGUCAACCUUUCCCCACUCACUAUCGUCCCACAAAUAAAGAAAAUGUCACGAAGAAGGAACAUCAUAAGAGAAGAGAACACUCUACAAACAAAGAGCAUUUAACUAAGAAAGAGCAUUCAACUAAGAAAGAACAUUCAACUAAGAAGGAACAUUCAACCAAGAAAGAACACUCUCCAAAGAAAGAACAUUCAAAGAAAGAACACUCUUCAAACAGAGAGCAUGUCACCUCGAAGGAACAUUCCCUACAUAAAGAUCAUUCUUCAAAGAAAGAACACUCCACGAAGAAAGAACACUCCACGAAGAGAGAACACUCCACGAAGAAAGAACACUCCACGAAGAAAGAACACUCCAUAAAGAAAGAACACUCCACAAAGAAAGAACACUCCAUAAAGAAAGAACACUCCAAGAAAGAACACUCCAAGAAGAAAGAACACUCCACAAAGAAAGAACACUCUAAUAAAAGUGAUCCUUGCAAUAAGCAAGAAAAUGUCAGAAUGCCCUACAAUCCUCAUUUCCUGAACCUCGGUACUGGAGGGCCAAGAUUUCCCUUCCGCCAAAGUCAACAGGUUGGAGGGCAUUGUCCUACAUUUGCUGGUCAACCUUUCCCCACUCGCUGUCAUGUUCAGGGCAUUCCGAACACCAUAUAUUACAGUGACAGCCCCCCACCAUAUAACUCGCUGUCUUAUAAUAGCUCUGUGAAUAUGAUGAACCAAGUUGGCUUUGAGCAAAAUAGAAAAUCACAUUACAAAAAGAUUUACCCUGCGUGCAGUAUGCCUCUACAGUCAACACUAGGUGAAGAUGCAAUGGCUCCAUCAAAAUUAAGUCCAGAAAAACUAGUGAAAGCUCUUGCUCUCUUUGGUGGCCGAUGGAGCCAAGCUGACGCUCUUAGUAGGCUAGCUCAGUGUCGUGUCGAGGAAGUUGCCGAAGUUGCAAGAUCUCGAGAAGAUAUAUUCUCCGUUAUCAAAGAGGACACUGGGAUGGUAAUUGAGCUUGCUCCUAAAGUGAUCUUGUGUACAGAUUACUUGUCUGAAAAAGGUUGUCUUUCUCCUGAUUCAUGCAAUAAUCUUCAUUUUUGCAAAGUUUAUAUGACAGGAUUUUGUGAGAUGGGUUCAUGUUGCGAGUAUGGGCAUCGACUAGAUACUCAGCACAACAGAUCUGUUCUUUCCAAGUUCUGCUUGCAAUUUAUUGACAAAAGUGUCUCAAUGAAAGUGAUUAAAAAAGUAUGCAGAGGAAGUGCAUCACCACAAAUAUGUGGCUUCUAUAAUAGCAGCAGAGGAUGCAGGGAAAAUGACAAAUGUAGCAGUUUUCACAUUUGUAGAGAUUAUGUUAUGGGUAAUGGAGAAUGUUUAUUACCAGCUUGUUCCUUCAACCAUAACAUCUUAACUGACCACUGUACAAGACUUCUCAACCGCUGUCAAAUAUCCACAACUGAAACUCCUCACAACAUUGUGUCCAACUUAAAGCUGUCCAUUCAGAAUCAAGACGACGGAGAUUCCUUACCUGAAGGAACAGCAUCAGAUGCUAGCAGCACUGAUGAAAGCAGUGAGGAAGAUUCUUCAACAGGAUCUGAAUCUUCAGAUGCGAGUGACAGUGAAGAAGACUCUUCAACAGGAUCUGAAUCUUCAAAUGCCAGUGACAGUGAAGAAGACUCUUCAACAGGAUCUGAAUCCUCAGAUGUCAGUGACAGUGAAGAUACUGAAGAGGAGUGUUCAAUGGAACCCCGAACAUCAGAUGCCAGUAAUAGCCUAGCUGAAAAUACUGUGGAAAGGUACUCACCUAUAUAUGCACCGUGCCUUAGCACGGAUCAGUGUUCUCUUCCAUCGCACUGGGUUUCAAUGGGACCUAAUGAGACCCAUUCUCUUCACCUUGUGCCCCCUGAAAGCAAAGAAUACAAAGAGGUUUCGAGUCGCCUGCUGCUCUCUCUGCCCAAAGUCGUAAUACACAAAAUUCAAAGACUUCAGAAUCCAUAUUUAUGGUAUCUCUUGAAAAAUAAAAUAGAAGACUUUUCUCGCAGAUAUGAUGUAAACCAGCUGAACAUUCAAAAGCUGUUUCAUGGAGUAGACCCAUCGAAAAUUGACACCAUAUGCAAAGAAAACAUUGAGUGGCGACAGAGUUGUGUUGGAGAAGAAGACCUUGGAAACGGUGCCUACUUUUCUAACAGUGCUGCUGUUGCUCGCCGUCAAUGUGCCUACGAUGCAAAUAGAAACUGCUUCCUAAUAUUGGCAGAUGUCAUUAUUGGGAGCAUAGUUGAAGGAAGAGCAGACCUCACGCCUGCACCUAGUAGCAUGGGUGCUAGUCUUACUUACGUCAAUGAUGCGAAUGCCCCAACCAUCUUUGUAAAGCACAGUAAAGAAGAAUACUACCCACAGUAUAUUCUAGAAUUUUGUUAAAAUGCAAAAAAAUACAUUUUAUUAAAGUCUUUUAUGCAUAAUAAUAAUAAUAAUAAUAAUAAUAAUAAUAAUAAUAAUAAUAACAAAUAUUAUUAUUAUUUUAUUAUUUACCUUCUUUUAAAAAAACCUUUUCAUGCCUAUCAGUCUUCCCUUGUUACCAUUGAACGAUGCAAGAACCAACUUAGCUUUCUUAAAGGCUUGUUUGCACUCGCUAGAGGCUGUCCUACACUAGAUCAAUGGACAA